AUGGAAAUAGAAACGAAAACGAAUGAAAAUAAGAAGAAGAAGGCAAGAGUUUGGAUGAGUGAUUCUGAUAUUCAGUUUAUUAUGAAACUCAUUUACAAGUUACUGAAAGCACAAAAAUGCCAAGAAAGCUUUGAGGAGAUGUAUGAGACGAGGAACAAAAUAAUUAAAGAGAUUUUGGACGAGUUCUUCAACACAAGAGAUCUGCCACUUCCAAAGGAAUUUGAUUGUAUUUGUUCUCCAUUCCAUAACAUUUUCAUAGACAAGAAAGUAGCUAUUUUAAGUCAGACGAAGGCGGAGAAAACGAUUGAUUUGAACAAAUAUGGAAGCGUCUAUGAAGUCAACGAAUUGCUUCAAAAAUUAGAAGAACGAGAUGUUGUGAAGAUCCUUUCUAUUAUAGAGAGACUGAAGAACUUCCCAAAGACAGACCCUUUCAUGAGAUAUUUGAUAGUCUUCCACAUCUUGUUUGGUGAGCUUCAAAAUCUGGAGACGGUAGCUGCGAAUUAUGUUUCAUUACGAGAAGAAAUGAAUGUGGUUGCUACUAUAAUACAGAAGUGGAUAUUUUGGCAAUUGAAGAGUUGGGAUAAAACGACGGAGAGUCUGAAUGAAGGUCAACUGAUUCAAGCCCAGUCGUGGUUUGUUAAUGUCUGGAAGAUGGUAGAUGAGAUGGUGAACAAUGAAGUCGACGAACAAAUAGAAUUGGGCUUUUUGGAGUCAAUGAAUCAAUUUAUGUAUAAGUGCACGUAUGGACAAUUUGAAGAGAGACUUAAAGUACUUGGCAUAGUUAUUCAAAUAUGUGAAUGCUCUGAAAGUCAGAAUGCACGAUUUGGGAAGGUCAGAGAGACUAAAUUUAUUGAGACUAAUAUUAAAGAGUUUGUGAAACUGAUAAGAUGGAAUGAUAUUAACCAUGAAAAGAUCAAAGACCAAGUGGAGAAGUCGAACCGGAAAUUGAAUGGAUUUAAAAGGGAGUAUGAUGACAUUUUGAAGAAGAAUGUACAAUUUGUUGUUCAAAGUCAGACGUUUGCAAACACCACGAGUGCUACUGAUAAAGCGUUGGGACCCAUCUUCAAAGAAAUUCAUAAGAGUGAAAAGAUCAAGAAGACUGUGGAUUCAAAGAAGAGAACGGACAAUAUCGAGAAUUUGGGUGUUGUAUGGCUUGAGGAAGUCAAAAAAGACUUGAUUGGUUCUGUUGUAGAACUUCAGAAUUUAACAGGAAAGAAGGGUGUGAAGACGAAGAAAUAA